AUGCAAGCCUCGCGCAUCGGCAACAUGCUGGCCACUCAAGAAACGAUUAUGGACAUGGAGCCCAACUCCGAAAUGCACGCGGACGCGCUUGCCCAGGCUGCCCUUGCAGUACAGAAAUACGAGACGGAAAAAGAAAUAUCUCGCCAUAUCAAGGCGUUCUUUGACGCGAAGUACUCGCCUAACUGGCACUGCAUCGUCGGCAAGAACUUCGCAAACUACGCGUCAUACGAGUGCAAGUGCUACCUUUUCUUCUACGUUGGGCAGACAGCGGUCCUCCUGUACAAGAUGGGCUGA